ACGUAUGUCAUGUCAAAACAAAAAAGAGUCUUAUUAAAAAGUCAAAAAUGGCUGAUGACGAAGCCGUGCAACUAUUGUUUUUCGACACAUUUCCACAUGAAGUAAACGAGGAACUCAAUCUGGAUUUGGUUCAAUUCCCAAAGCCUGUUUACAUUACGGAGGUACGAAUUAUACCACUUGGUGCACGCGUUAAGGCCGAUUUUGCUGGUGGAGAUCGUUUGGGCGCAACAAAUCCCUCAAAAUUCAAUAUUGAAUUUUUCGUCAAUGAUUUGGGCAAACCCGGCUCUUCGUUCGAAUCGUUGGGAAAUUUAGAAUACAAUCAGAAUGACUGCAUUCACUUGGAUUGUGUUAAGAAAGACGUGAGACAAAUUCCCACAGAUGGAUUGGUAUUACGUGGUUGGUACACAACAAUAACAUUGGCAGUUUACGGUACGUUAACGAACGGUAUAACAGAAUCACCACAAGAAGAAGUGUUAGUGGCACCGCCUCCUGCUGUUGAAAAAGUACCAGCUGAACCGGAAGCGGCUUGGCAACCACCAGAAGAAGAAAUUCAUCCCCGCGAAGAAGUUUACAUCGAAUUCGAAUCGAAACCAUUCACUCCGCCACAAUUUCAUCACACCGAACCGCUAAAAGACAAUAAUAGACCGUUUGUUCGGCAACCAGACCGGACCGCUUCAAGUGAAAGUGACUGGGACCGAGAAGCAGAAGAUGAAGAACGUGCCAAACAUCCGGAAAAUUCUCCAGUGGUUCGUGCAACCAGCAGAGAAAUAUCAAGAACACGCGACUGCAGCCGCGGCUACUCUCGGUCGUCUAGUCGUGAACGCGAUUUCUUGAAUCGUUCCAAACGGGAUUGGUCUCGAAGCCCGGAGUAUCGUCGGUCGAGGCGGAGGACUGAGUCGUAUGAACGUGCUCAUCGAGAUGUGUCACGAGAGCACGACAAAGAACUGGAAACGAAACGACCGAGAACACCGCCAAUAUUAUUAUCCCCGAAACGUCCGCGUACACCGGAUCAAGCGUCACCGGUGGGUAGUGUGGAAGAAGUGAGUUAUAAGGGAAGAGGUGAACGUAAAUACAGUGAGAAAUCGGUGCGGUCUGUUGAUAACGAACCAAAGGCAGUGUCACCAGUGCCAAUGGAUUUGUUGGUCGAAUCUCCAAUCGGUGGUGUUGAUGAAUCAUCUCAAGGUGGUGAAGCAUUCGAGCCGAUAUUAAGUGAUGAAGAAAUAAACGAUGAGUGUGAAGGUCAAUUCGACAUGGACUACGACGACAAUGACUGUGAAGAGUUUAUCAAAUGUGUUGAUCCAACGACGACGACAUUGGAACGAUUUGCUGACGAGCAACGAUCAAUUAAGGAAGUCGAAUUAUCAAUGAAAAUCGUGCACAAAUACAAAUUGCGUGACGAUGUGGCCUCGUUCAAAAACUUUGAUAGUCUGGCACCGGAAUCGAAAGAGGCCUGGAUUCAUUGCACGGAAAAUUUUGUGCAGAUGCUGCAACUGAUUCACAAUUUUCCGUACUCCAAGCGAAAUGAAAUGUUGGAUGCUAUUUUGAAUGAACAUAUUGACACGCUGGUGGAUUGGGUCCGAAUUGGCAUAUUCUGUGCUAUGUUUCAACCGCAAGCUGUUUACAAGAUUCGGCAUAUUAAAAUCGGUGCAAGACUAACGGAACUGCUUGGUUGUUGUCAUAGUUUCUUGCACACGUUAUUGUACAAAGAGAAACUCAAUAUUUUCGCCGAGUUGUUGAAUUUGUACUAUCAACAGCACAUGGCACUGUCGAUUAAAUUGAUGAUCAUCAAAGCGAUAUAUUCGUGCCUGGAUCUGAAGAUCGGCGUAGCUUAUUUUCUAACCAAUUGGGAUACUGAGAACGGAUACCAGAAACUUAUAAGUGCGAUCCAAGCGAACCCAUUAACCAGAGCAAAAUUUGCAUUAAAGGCUGUGUUAAAGAAGAUCAACCUAUUCGAAUCGUUGGAGCUACUGAGAGUCACAAUCGAUCGAAUUUUCAUGUCGAACGAACAAUUUCUGACCGCCGAAUCCGACCUAUCACUGUUGGAAACGACACUGUUGGACGUGCUGAAGUCAUUCACAACGGAAGCGAUCCAUUUCAGUCAACCCAAGCGAUAUCUUCCCGUUUCCGCAACAUUCGAAAUCGUCAAAGACUUAGCAUCGAUACGAAGUACGGCCGCAACAUUUCAAUCGUAUUUCGAUUGUCAUGCAUUUAUCGAAUGCAUUUUAUUGAUGAUAUCGCAUCAGCAUGUGCUGCCGUCGGUGAUAUUGGAUUUGUGUUUGGAAAUGGUGAAAGCACUGACUAACUGCAAUUGUGGAUUGGAUUAUUUGUAUAAUAAGCCGGAGACGACUGGCGUGUUGGUGAAAUGUUUGAUUGGUACAGUUAGUGAUGAAAAUCCGGAAAGCUUGGAAGAGGACAUCGACACGGCUAAAUAUGAUACGGGCAACCAUAAACUUGGAAUUGAAAUCGUUUAUAAGAUAAAAACCAAAUUUUUCCUGGAUGCAAUUCAAAACAUCACGGACGACAACGAAUUAGGCGAAACAUUCAAUCUAUUUUACAGUCUCACUACCAAUCCGGUUGGUAAACAUCAUGUGGUCAGUACUAUAUCAAUGGAAAAUAAUUUGAUGAUUUUGCUGGACGUAAUUGAAAAGGAGAAAAAAUCCGAAUUGACCAAUCAGUCGUCACCCGGAUCGAAGAUUAAAAGUCCAUACAUUGGAUAUUGUGUCGAUUUGAUAGAUCUUACCGUGAGGAAUGCAUCAAAUACCGACUAUUUGGAGGAGUGUGGCAAUAUCCUAUUGAAUUUGUGCAAGAACCAUGAAACAUUUGAGCCAACCAUUUCGUUGGUAUUGCAGGAAAUUGCCAUUUAUUUGAAGCCAUUGGAAAUACCGAACAUAUUUCAGUAUGACGAUAUUACGGAAUUGUGCGAUCUGAUAAAACGUUGCACCGAAUUUGUCACCAAUUUUCCGGGUGAAUUGAUCACAUCGUUGCGAUUGAUAAAGCACAUGGCCAUUUCAAAUGUGGAAGACGAACGUGCCGACGAUCAUGUUGAACUGAAGCAUAAGUAUGUUGUGUUAAAGUUCUACUCUGCCGACGGUAUAGCGACCAUGGUCUCCAUAUUGGAUAAAUUGAAUUCGUAUUUCGAACAACCAGCCGUUCAUAUGGCAGCGUUGGCAUCGAACCAAGGUUUAUUAGCCACACAAAUAAUUUGUCCAGCAGUGCAGGUGCUAAGAAAAAUGCUAACAUAUGUGAUACAAAGUCGCAACACACAGUACAAAGACUUGACCGUCAUCGAACAUUUGCUCAAAACGUUCAACUUAAUGCAUUUCGUUCAGCCGCACAGUGGAACGUAUUAUCAAGCCAAAACGAUCCAAGACGAAAUAAUCAAAAUCCUGUUGGCCUACACGCAACCGACUCCGGUGGAAGGAUUAGACACGGAAUCGGUUCAUAAAAGUAUCUGGACACAAAUGAUCGGCGAACUGACCAAGCAUAUACUCAGUGGACCUCAUACGUUCAUUUCGGGUCUACUCGUAUUCUCUGAGCUUCUUCCGCUUCCAUUGCCCGUUUUGACGAAAUCAUCAUUGUCGGAAGCUGAAGUAACCCGGCUCAUAACGGAACGUCAACUUUGGUCGGCUCAUCUACAUCCGAAAAGUGCCAUCUUGACGGAAAUGAUACAGACCAUUUGCACGUCAUCGUAUCCAGAACUGUUGAAUAUUUUGAGAAGAGUUUGCGUUCAAUUGGCUGAUUUGGCUCCAAAUAUGUCGUUGCUGGUGUCAAAAGCUAUUCUUGAUUUACUAUUGCUGGACACGCCGCCAUCGUCUGCAUUGACAUUGAGACUGUUAAGAUUCCUUUCGAUGCUCAUCGUCGAGCCAACCAUCAAAAUUACCGUGCUGUCAAUUUUACCCGGAAAAUUUUACGAUCUGUUGGCCGUAAUGACUUCCAGUUCGGCGCUUAAGUUACAGAAAAUUGCCUACGGAAUAUUUGAAAUUCUACUGGAUUCGGAUCUGGGCCUAGUGCCAUUUGAAACGAGUAAAGGGAAAGCAACGACGAUAUCUUGUGCCUUACCAUCAAAGGAUUUGUUACCAUCUGUUGUCAAUUUGUUCGUAGAAAAUUUCUUAAAAGUCGGCAACGAUUCGUCAGUGUAUGCGCUGAACAUGUUGUUGUUGUUGGCGAGAUAUGACUACACACUUUAUCUGCUCCGAACAGCGUUAGAGAAAGAAAAGGAAAAAAUUCUGAAAGUCAUCGCUCAUCUGACCAGCUCCAUCAAAGUUGGUGCAAAGCAACAAUUUCUCUCGGCAUUUAUUGAAUUUUUCACAUCUUUAACAAUCGCCAAUGAAUUAACUCAUCGCCAGUCGUCAUUAGCUCCAUCAGAUUUAGCAUCAAUUUUGUCAUGGCCAACGAAAAAUCUUAAUGAGCUUUACCAUCCGUUGGAACAAUUGAAGAAUGCUAUCGAACCGUUGAAUGCUGACAAGUCAUUUAACGACAUUCUUGACAAACUUAACAUUCUAUUCAAAAUUCUCAAUUCCAAAUCUACGAGCGAAGCAUCAGAUUUCACCGAACCGGCGUUUCCCCUUUCUGAAGGCAUUGUGGUACAGUUUGCUGAACGGCCAGUGUACCAGUUAAUCGAUGAUAAUCCGGAGCUGAAUCCGUUAAUUCAAUCUAGCUACUGGUUGGGUUAUCCAUCGUUCUUGGACAAAAUUGACGAAGAUGUUGAAUUGAUUGCCUGCGACUUGUGUGAAUUAGCCAAAACGGCUCUGCCAAGUGAAACAAAUAUAACUUCAGACUGUAAGCGCUUGCUGCAUUUAACAGCCUCACCUCAGUCGAACCGCGAAAGAACAACGGCCGCUCCUUGCUUCCGAACCCGUCGUGUUGAAGUGGAACCGACUACAGGACGUCCAGAGAAAAAGAUUUACGUUACACGCGGACGAGGCUUUCCUCGAACGCCACCAACACGUGGCGAUUUGUUCCGUUCACGUCCGCCGAACACAUCCAGACCACCUUCAUUGCAUGUAGACGAUUUUCUUGCAUUGGAAACGUGUGGAGCUCAACCAACUGGUCCAACGGGUUACAACAAAUUAUCGCGUGAUAUCAUCAGCAUUCGAGGUACUCGUGGCCGUGGCCGCGGUUUUGUUGACAGAGGACGUGGUUCAGCAAUGGGUGUUGUUAAUUCGGCCAGUCCUUACCGGCAGACUAAUCGUAGGACAAACUCCCCGUCAACAUGGCAAAGUCAUGGUGCAAUGGAGGCAACUGGUCCGCCACAGCAUUAUCGCACGGCCACUGCAGAACCGGUUGGACAUUUUCAAGGUGAUUACGGACCGAGUAUAUCGCAUUUCGGUACACCGAUGAGAGGCGGACGAAUACGUGGUAGUACGAGGCCGCCGAGAACGUUUGCUAGACAAUAAUGUAUUGGAUCUAGAAUGUUGUCGUUGUCAUUUUUUUUAGUUCUUUGACAGUUGAUCAAUUGUCUGGUCGAUGUCAGAGGCAUUUCAUUAUUUUAGUUUUAGUUUUUUUAAUUUUAUUAAAAUUUAAAACGUGAUUAUGAA